GUGACAGAAGACCAGUGGGAAACUUUGAUACAAAGGGCUGUGCUGGAGCCAGAAAUAAGAACGUACUUAUUGUACAACUCCAGAGGAAUAAGGAUGGCCAUUGCUGCGAUUGUUUAUGUGAUUCUUUGGAUCAACCUUUAUUCCGUCCUCCAAAUUUUUUCGGUUGGACAGCCUUGGAAAGUCAGUGUUUUGGUUACCCUUGUAGCCUUGGUGGCCACUGUGGCCAUUCUUGUCUUAAUUCAUCACUACCAAAGAAAGAUGAAUGUGAGUACAGAUAUGAGGCUAAUGGCUGCCAAUGAAGCCUUCAUGAAUCUUGGAUUUCUGGUUGGGAUGACAAAUAUUCUGGAGAAGAACUGUGCUGCCCCGCAGUUGUGGUUUGUUCGUUUCGAUGUUGAACCCUGCCUUCAGUCUUUGGCGGAUUCGCUGGCUACUCUGAAGAGAAAUCAGGAGUCGGCUCUGAAGCGCAAUCUGGAAGCCGUCGGCAUUGUAAUCGAGACAGCUGCCCUGCCAACUUGGGAAAAGCAACUGAACGAUUCUUUGGAAGAAUCUUCCCUCUUGCCAGAGAUAAAGACGAAAGGCAGCAAGAAUUUCUUAGCCCGCCGAGAAUUCCUCCGUCUCGUCCCUGACAGAAUACCCGAGACAAUGGCCCAGCAGCUCUUGAUGGUUUUCAGCAGCUACUACGUCAGGCUCCUGGUCAGUGGCCAGCUUCCAGAAGUCCAUGCGGGGCAGCACAAAACUAUCGGCCAGAAGCCUUGUCUCUGUCACUUUGUAAAGACUAAAUUGCUGGGAAAAGAAUUCUCCGAGUUCCAAUAAAGGUGGACGUUAUGUUAGCAACCAAGGCUCUCAAUCGUCAAAGACUGAGAACUAGAAGUCUGAGGGAAUGAAGAAUGGUUUGCAUUGUUCUCCCUACAAAAGAACCAGGUCUAAAAAUAUUUUUGGGGGAAAUGUCUGUGCCUUUUUCUGAUGAGAGACUACAUUAUAUUUGCAUCAGGAUCUGCCUCUGAGUGAUAAGAAGGCCUUUUGCCAGGUGGUAUAUUGUUUUGCCGGCCUCUGGAUUGGAUUCUCAUGCAUUGUUGGUUGCGCAGAGUCGUAACAAUGAGUUGGCAGCCAUAUCCAUGCUGGGGAAAAAAAGAAAAGAAAAAGAAAGAAAGAAGGAAAGAGGGAGGGA